UCUUUACCUUCAUCAGAAAUUCAGAAUCCUAGUUGGAGUUCUCACGAAGUCAUCCUCCUUAGCCCAUUGGCUUUACAACUAUUUCCAUAAUCAUCUUCUUGUCACAUUCGUCCUUGCCUGUCCUAACUUUUAUUACUAAAAAUCUACUAUCAUGCCUAGACACCCUGAAACCAACCCUCACUUCAUUAGACUACGACAGCAGCGUGAAGACCAACAACUCCCUACACCACCUACUCCUGGAAGUACACCACCUAUUACAGAGCUGCCAUCAUCAGCAACGCAGCAUCGGGACCGACAAGACCAGCCACCUAGCCAACGCGCUCCGAAACAACUUCAACGCUCCAAGCCACGGGGACACGGUGAUGGCCCAUUCCAAGCUCCAUGGAAGCAACCUGCAGCCCCACGUGAAGACCAACAUCCCCGUCCGAUACAUGAUCAAAGGCUUGAUGGUGAAUACCAUAGUCCCUGGAUGUUUCCACAUCAUUCAGAUAAAGACCAACGCAGUCAUGAUCCUCGGCUUGACGGCAAAUACCAUAGCCCAUGGGUUCUUCCAAAGCAAUACCCUGAUGAAGACAACAACAUCACUCUCCAGCAGAAUCGUCCAGCAAAUGAAGAUCAGCAUCCCAGGCAGCCUAAAAGAAGUCGGACAAAGAAAUCACAGGAUCAAGAUCACUAUCCAAUCCAUUAUGGUCUCCCACCGGCACAGCAACAGCAACAGGACCGCUUUGGCCACCCUCUUGGUCUAAGGGCCCCAGAACCCCAACAAACGAGGCCAAUAACAUGGUUAGGUGCAGCCCUGUGCGCCAUUUUCUGGAUUGUAAUUUUCCUAGGAGGACUCAUUGUGCUCAUUGUGUAUCUAGUGUAUCGCCCACGUAGCCCCUGGUUCGAGGUGUCUAGUGUCACCUUGAAUGCAGCUUACGUAGAUGCAGGUUCUCUGCUCAAUGCUGAUAUCUCUGUGCUUGCAAACUUCACCAAUCCAAACGACAAGGUCAGUCUGGAUUUCAGUCAUAUCAUCAUUGAUCUAUAUUAUGGGAAUAGUCUCAUUGCUACCCAGUACGUAGAAUCUUUCUCUGCAUCAAAGGCUGAGUCCAGGUUUGCAAAUGUUCAUAUGGUAACUAGCCAGGUUCGGCUUCCUUUAGGAGACGUUGCUCGGCUUCAGGAGCAGAUAAAUCAAAAUGGAAUCAUAUUUAAUAUUAAAGCAAUGUUUCGGGUGCGAUCUCAGCUGGGGAGUUUAUUUGCAUAUUCUAAUCGGCUUUAUGGCCAAUGCUUCAUCAUGGUUACUGCACCUCCUACUGGUGUCCUGAGAGCAGCCAGGUGCAGUACAAAACGUUGAGAUGGGUCUUCUAAUUAGUGAGAAAUGAUUUUGCAUAUUUUCAAGAAUGAUUCUUCCAUGCUUCCUUUAUUGUAUCAUUUUUUUAAAAGAAAAACUCUAAUUGGGUUUCAAAGAGUUGCAGUUCCUCAGCUGACUACAUCCAAUUUUUAUUACAUUGCCAUCUACAUACAUUUUUUUGAGAUAAAAUACAAUUAUUUCAGUGAACUCAA